GGCCGCCGCACGCGCACGCGCAGUUAGCAGUCGCUGCUGGGCGGCCGCCGGCCGGAUUGGUCUAGAGAGAUACCCCGACCAAGUGGCAGCGCCUGGGACAUCUGAGCUGCCACGGCUGAAAACAAGCCCGCAAGAUAGGUGUGUGAGCAGUGACCCCCUGCCCACCGCCCUUUGUUUUGGGGCUGGGUGAGGAGGCGGGAGUUGUUGCCGUUUCCUCCCAAGGGGGAGGCUCCGGGAGCCGCACCCAUUUCUCGUGCGACUUCAAAAGCUGAACAGAUUGGAGCUAGAUAAUCAGUAUGAAUUUCCAAGACGUUUGGCUCCUUGUGGGUCUUCUGUUCAUCUCAGUUAAUGCGGAAUUCCUGGGUGAUGGUGUUGAGAUGGAAGAUUUCGAUGAAAAUUCAGAAGAGACCAGUGUUAAUGCAGGCGGACAUUCCUCCGAGAUUAAAUAUAAGACACCUCAACCUAUAGGAGAAGUAUAUUUUGCAGAAACCUUUGAUAGUGGAAAGCUGGCAGGGUGGGUCUUAUCAAAAGCCAAAAAAGAUGAUUCAGAUGCAGAGAUUUCUAUAUAUGAUGGAAGAUGGGAAAUAGAAGAGUUGAAAAAAAACCGAGUCCCUGGUGACAGAGGACUGGUAUUGAAAUCUAGAGCGAAGCACCAUGCAAUAUCUGCUAUCCUGGCUAAACCCUUUAUUUUUGCUGACAAACCUUUGAUAGUUCAAUAUGAAGUAAAUUUUCAAGACGGUAUUGAUUGUGGAGGUGCAUACAUUAAACUUCUAGCAGACACCGGGGAGUUGUCUCUGGAAAACUUUUAUGAUAAAACAUCUUAUACCAUUAUGUUUGGACCAGAUAAAUGCGGAGAAGAUUACAAACUUCAUUUUAUCUUCAGACAUAAACAUCCCAAAACUGGAGUCUUUGAAGAGAAACAUGCCAAACAGCCAGAUGUAGACCUUAAAAAGUUCUUUACAGACAGGAAGACUCAUCUUUAUACCCUUGUGAUGAAUCCAGAUGACACAUUUGAAGUACUGAUUGACCAAAUAGUUGUCAACAAAGGAAGCCUGCUGGAGGACGUGAUUCCUCCCAUCAAUCCCCCCAAGGAAAUUGACGAUCCCAAUGACAAAAAACCCGAGGAAUGGGAUGAAAGGGCGAAAAUCCCAGACCCUUCUGCAGUCAAACCAGAAGAUUGGGAUGAAAAUGAACCUGCCCAAAUAGAAGACUCAAGUGCUACUAAACCUGAGGGUUGGCUUGAUAAAGAACCAAGAUUUAUUCCAAAUCCUGAUGCUAAAAAGCCAGAUGACUGGAAUGAAGAUAUGGAUGGAGAAUGGGAGGCACCUCAUAUUUCUAACCCAGCGUGUCGGAUUGGGUGUGGUGAGUGGAAGCCUCCCAUGAUAGAUAACCCAAAAUACAAAGGCAAAUGGAGACCUCCAAUGAUAGAUAAUCCUAACUACCAGGGAAUCUGGAGCCCUCAAAAAAUUCCUAAUCCAGAUUAUUUUGAAGAUGAUCAUCCAUUUCUUCUCACUUCCUUCUGUGCUCUUGGUUUAGAGCUUUGGUCUAUGACCUCUGAUAUCUACUUUGAUAAUUUUAUUAUCUGUUCAGAAAAAGAAAUAGCAGAUCGCUGGGCUGCAGAUGGUUGGGGAUUGAAAAUAAUGGUAGCAAAUGCUAAUGAGCCUGGAGUCCUUAAACAGUUAAUGGCAGCUGCACAGGAGCGCCCAUGGCUUUGGCUCAUUUAUUUUGUGACAGCGGGGCUGCCAAUCAUAUUACUCACUUCAUUUUGUUGGCCAAAGAAAGUCAUUACGAAAAAAUACGAAGAUGCAGAGUAUAAAAAAACUGACAUAUGUAAGUCCCAGACAAAGGGGGCCCUGGAGCAAGAAGUGAAGGAGCAAGAAGUGAAGGAGGAAGAAGUGAAGGAAGAGAAAGCUGCCCGGGAUAAACCAGUAGACUCAGAAGAGGAAAAAAAGCCAGCUGAUGGUGAAAUUCCUGAAAAAGAAGAGGAAGGUGAACUUGGGGAAAAGAGUGAAGAAGAACUCGAAAUCGUAGAAGGGCAAGAGGAAGGCAAUAAGUCAAAUAAGUCUGGAUCUGAGGAUGAGAUGAAAGAAGCAGAUGAGAGCACAGGACCUGGAGACGGGCCAGGAAGGUCAGUACGCAAAAGAAGAGUUCGGAAGGACUAGCUCAGGUCAAGUGUCUGCAGUUGCCAACACAGAGG